GUGAGCACGUGAACGAUUCAUGACGUCUGGCUGCCGUUGGAUGAUGGUGCAACACGUCUGAAUCACUGGCCGUUUUCUGGUUCACUUUAUUACCGAGAAGCAAGGAGGACAAGCUGCUGUGUUCAGUGGUGGAGAACUACAAGAAGCCUGUUAGGAGCUCCCAGUGGAACCUGUUGAACGUCGAAACGCCUAUCCUACACACCUUGGGAGGACAACAACAGCGGAUGGAAGAAUGACGCCAUUUCUGUGAACGGAAUCACGGACUGUAAAUUAUUCCUAGAACUACGUAUUUUCAAGCUCCAUGCUCGCCAUUAGAUCACCGCUAGCAGCAAUGCCGGUGGACUGCGGCUUCAUGUUUUCAGCAAGCCCAAGCCCGCCUAACAUCGGCUACCUGAACGCGUCCGGACUUCUAAGGGACCUCGAAAAACUCCGUCUUAGAUCGCAGAUGACGAAACCUCCAUAUUCAAAAUGUCGGACGACACUUCUCACACCACUCAAACCAUGCAUCAACAAGGCGGAGGAACCCAAGCAUGUCGCCGCCAAGUCUUGUCAAGGCGUUCGAGGAAAGACGAAGACGCGGAAGAAGGUAUCGUUCGCCGACACCCAAGGACUAUCCCUUGUCAGUGUACGUUUGGUUGAAGACACACAGGAGCCCCCAGUGCUCAGUACAAGUCUGAUCGCUGCCGUGAUCGACGGGGCCCGUCCGGCGGCCGAGCAGCGGUCCAACCUGGUCUUUAACUUCGCCCAGCCCGCCGCGGACUACCUGAAAAUGCGGCAAAGACUAGACCUACAAAACGUCUGCCUCGAAAACGCCAUCAUCAAAGAAAAAUCCAUCAUGGGGACGGUCAAAGUGAAGAACCUGGCGUUCGAGAAACACCUCGAGGUGCGGGUCACCUUCGACGGGUGGAACACUUACAAGGAUAUGGAGGCGUCUUACAGCAGCUCGGAAGGAAAGAACUACGACACGUUUUCCUUUGAGUUUGACGUCCCCAAAUACUUAAAACCACAGGACAAGAUCGAGUUCUGCUUGUCCUACACGUGUGGUGGACAGACUCACUGGGACAGUAACGACGGACAGAACUACCAGAUCGUGUCGGCAGAGUACAAGUCCAUGCAGGAGUUAUCGGCGCCGUGGUCACGACCGGACUCUCGGGGCAACACCGCCCUCAUGUCCGACUACACCUCUCCGGAGUUCCCUACCUGGGUUGCACACGCCAAGUCCGACAUACCAUAUUACUGAACUCUAAAGUAAGGCAAUCGUAAGAAUGGAAAUAGGAAAAAGACUCAAGAAAAAUGUACAAAACGAAACUUGCGAAAUAACGUGACCUUUGAUUGACCUGUCACCAGAACUAUGUCGGUGCUGCAAGCUUUAUAAAAUGUAAGAAAGGGGAAGAUUUUUAGUAAUAUUCAUGUCUACUACGCAAAAUUGUCGUGGUAUUGCUGCAUAUUAUAGUCUGAUGAAUGUAUUCGUUGUCCUUGAAUUGUCCACGUGAACCUAUUUUCACGUGGGUCGUUAUGACCUAGUUGUGUGCACACACAAGUGCUAGCCUGGCACCCAGGCGUUGGGUGUUCUACAUAGACUGUAUAUACACGUGACAGCAGGUGACCACCAAAGUGUCUGUCAACCCAGUCUUGUUUACACUUGUCAAAGUGUCAAGUACAGUCUACUGUUUUCAAUGUGGGUUGUUUUUGUCGGACUUAAAGUAUUGGGAGAGAAAUACCGUUGUACACAGUGCCUAGUUGACUUAGGCAUGCGUCGUAAAGUUAAACAAUACAGUUACGUUACACAAACCAAAUACGGUGUCAAACUUUGAACUUGUAACGUUAAAUUGACUUACUGGUCUUGCACCUGUAGCAAAAAGGAACAAAGAUCUUUGCUUUUAUUCGAGAUUUUUGCAAUGCAGGAAAUAUACUUAAACUACCUAUGCUAGCUACAGGUCUUGCGUGUAUAUGUUUGACAUCAAUAUUUUUUGGAGAAAAGGCAUAGCAGUGCAGUGUCAUAUCUUGGUUUUUCCAAUUGUUGAAGCAAUAUUGUGUAUUGGUCGAAAGAUAUGUCAGCGACAGUGGAGAGGACUAAAAGAGUGUGCCUAGUGAUGAACAGCAAUUGUUUGUGUCAGCAACUUUUGUCAAAUAGUUGAAAGGGAAGGAAACGGGUGGUGUUGUCAGAAAUGGUUACAUGUUGCCAAACAUUUUGGUUCUGUAAACGUGGUCCGAAGAUGUGUCAAAAGGAACAAAUGUCAUAUAUGUCAUCGGUGACCUGAGCUGCCAUAGGACAUUUCCUAACAAUUUUGAGGUCACAAAUUAUUAUGACACAACAAAGAAGUUGGUAUUGAAGAAUGGACAAAUGACAAUGUGCCAGUUUUGUUGAGGGGCCAGUUUUUGUAAAUGACAUCUUGUUAUGUGAUUUUAAAAUGAAUGGUGCUUGAUUUUACAUAAUUGGGUAUGUUAGGAGCAUAAAUUUGUGGUACCAUGGAAGUUGUCAACUAGUCUUCCCAAUUUUACAUGUACCACUAUUGAUCCAUAGAAUCUUACUGCCACAAUAGUGCAAUUGCGCCCAUGUACAGAAAAAAGGAACGGGCUUAGCAAAAGAAGGUGUCAGAGAGAAAAAUGGAGGUUAGUUUUGCAGAAGUUGUAUCAAGGAUCUCGUGCUGCUGUAGGAAAGACCUAGUGGGAAAAAUGGCUCCUGUUGGAAGUCAUAUUUUCGAGUGAUUAUAAUAAAUCUUUGGGUAUUUUCAAACA